AAAUUUCCAUUUUCUUCCGUUCAGAUAUUUUAGAACAAAGCUUAAGCUGCAAUAAUCAAUGGCAGUCGAAAACAAAUCCGCAACAUUUUCUCUCUUUAAUCAUCAAUGGGUUCAAUAUUCGAAGUACCGUUAUCCACUACAAAGGCACAAAAUUCCCUCUUUUUUCAAUCUUAAACCCCUCUCAAAACCCCCGAGAACAAUGCUCUGUAUCUCCGGCUAUGGCGGUUUUUGCUCAAUCCUCUCAUCUUCUCACCUAUCUUGACCGUUCCAACCCCCAAAUCUCCAAUAAUCAUAGCCCCAAAACCCUAUCUUUCUCCAAAAAUCUGCAUACCCACAAGCCGACGGUAAGAAAAACUCAAGAAAUCUCAGUCCUAGGCGCCGCGGUCUCUAAUUCGAACAUCAACCAAACCCAGAACUUAGAAUUACAAGAACUAUGUCUUCAGGGGAACCUAGAACAAGCGAUGAAACGUCUGGAAUCGAUGUUAGAGCUCCGGAUUGAGGUGGAAGAAGAUGCUUACAUUGCUUUGUUGAGGCUGUGUGAGUGGAGAAGGGCGCCCGAUGAAGGGUCUCGAGUCUACGAACUUGUUUCGAGUUCCAAAUCUCGUUUGGGCGUUGGGCUCGGUAAUGCUUUGUUGAGCAUGUUCCUCAGAUUUGGUAAUUUAAUUGAUGCCUGGUAUGUGUUUGGUAAAAUGUCUGAGAGGGACGUGUUUUCUUGGAAUGUAUUGGUGGGUGGGUAUGCUAAAGCGGGGUGUUUCGAUGAGGCUUUGAAUUUGUAUCAUAGAAUGUUGUGGGCUGAAAUUAGGCCUGAUGUAUAUACUUUUCCCUCUGUUUUGAGAACUUGUGGUUGUGUUUCUGAUAUAGCUAGAGGCAAGGAGAUUCAUGCGCAUGUCAUAAGAUUUGGAUUUGAGUCGGAUGUAGAUGUGGGCAAUGCUUUAAUCACUAUGUACGUGAAAUGUGGUGACAUAAGUAAUGCAAGGAUACUGUUUGAUAAAAUGCCAAAGAGAGACCGGAUUUCGUGGAAUGCAAUGAUUUCGGGCUACUUCGAGAAUGGUGGGGGAUUGGAAGGAUUGAGAUUGUUCUUCAUGAUGCGUGAGCUUUCAGUUGAUCCAGAUUUGAUAACUAUGACUAGUGUAGCAUCUGCAUGUGAGCUUCUAGAUAACGAGAGAUUAGGGAGAGGAAUCCAUGGAUAUGUAGUUAAAUCAGAGUUUGGAGGUGAUGUUUCGAUGAAUAAUUCUUUGAUUCAGAUGUAUUCAAGUCUUGCGCAUUUGGAGGAAGCAGAGAGAGUCUUUUCACGAAUGGAGUCAAAAGACAUCGUAUCGUGGACAACAAUGAUAGCAAGCUAUGACAGUCAUAAGCUGCCUUUUAAGGCUGUGGAAACUUAUAAAAUGAUGGAGUUAGAGGGCAUACUGCCGGAUGAGAUUACUUUAGUUAGUGUAUUAUCUGCUUGUGCUUGUUUAGGCCAUUUGGAUUUGGGUAUAAGGCUUCAUGAGAUUGCCAUCAAGACUGGCCUCAUAUCACAUGUCAUAGUCUCAAAUUCUCUUAUUGAUAUGUACUCAAAGUGUAAAUGUGUUGACAAUGCCUUGGAAGUAUUCCGCAAUAUAUCAGGAAAGAAUGUCGUAUCUUGGACUUCACUUAUCCUUGGGCUACGGAUUAACAAUAGAAGUUUCGAGGCACUGUUAUUCUUCCGUCAGAUGAAGGAAUCAAUGAAACCAAAUUCUGUAACUUUGAUUUCCGUCCUAUCAGCAUGUGCUAGAAUAGGAGCUCUAAUGCGUGGAAAAGAGAUUCAUGCACAUGCUCUACGUACAGGUGUUGGGUUUGAUGGCUUUUUACCAAAUGCUAUUCUAGACAUGUAUGUAAGAUGUGGGAGGAAGGUGCCUGCACUAAACCAAUUUAACUCUCAAAAGAAAGACGUGACGGCGUGGAAUAUACUUCUUACUGGUUAUGCUGAGCAGGGACAAGGAAAGCUUGCUGUUGAGCUAUUCAACAAGAUGCUUGAAUCAGAGGUAAAUCCAGAUGAGAUUACCUUUAUUUCUCUAUUAUGUGCUUGCAGCAGGUCAAGUAUGGUUAUGGAAGGGUUGGAGUACUUCAAUAUAAUGAAAAACAAGUAUAGUCUGACUCCUAACCUGAAACAUUACGCAUGUGUGGUCGAUCUACUUGGCCGUGCUGGGCAAUUAGACAAUGCUUAUGAUUUUAUACAGGACAUGCCAAUUAGGCCGGAUGCAGCCAUUUGGGGAGCCUUGCUAAAUGCUUGCAGAAUCCACAGAAAUGUUGAGCUUGGAGAACUUGCAGCGACACGUGUAUUCGAAAAGGACAAUAAAAGCGUUGGGUAUUACAUUCUUCUCUGCAAUCUCUAUGCUGAAUGUGGUAACUGGGACAAGGUUUCAAAAGUUAGAUCACUGAUGAGAGAGAGAGGACUAUCUGUAGAUCCUGGUUGCAGUUGGGUUGAAAUAAAGGGGAAAGUUCACGCUUUCCUCAGCGGCGAUAAUUUUCACGCUCAGUCGAAGGAAAUUAAUGGCAUUCUGGAUGGGUUUUAUAGCAAGAUGAAGGAAACUGGUUUCGGUGAUUUGAAGACUAGUUUCAUGAGUGAGAUUGAAUCUUCUAGAGCUGACAUUUUUUGUGGGCAUAGUGAAAGGCAGGCCAUUGCUUUCGCAUUGAUCAAUACAGCCCCGGGGAUGCCUAUCUGGGUGACAAAAAACUUAUACACGUGCCAUAGCUGUCACACCUUGGUAAAGUUCAUCUCGACGAUCGUACGUAGAGAAAUAUCAGUAAGGGACGUCGAAGAGUAUCACCAUUUCAAGGAUGGAGUCUGCUCAUGUGGGGAUGAGGGAUACUGGGGAAAACCUGAUAUAGGAUGAAACAAUUUUCCAGACUUCCACAUAAUCUUAAUCGUCCAUGGCAAUGUUGAACAGUGUAAGGUCGCUUCCCGGUUGCUCGGAGAUUGUACGAAAGGUCGAAAACAAGAAUCGACAAGAUAUAUGCCAACUUAACUGCCAUGCCAAACUUGAGGAAGCCAGUUUGGUUGUCUCUGAUGGCUGAAAAGAUAUGUGUGGUGCUGCCAUGGAACUUUGUUGAGGUAAGCUUUCGGAAGGAGAUAUGCAAAUGGAAUCCAUAUAGCUCUGGUAAAUCAUAUAUGAAAUUCCCCCAUUAGAGUAACACAUUGAAGUAUCCAUGUCAAUACUUGAUAAAUUACAGAAUGAAUAUACUCAUAUUAAUUAUCAUAGCUUUUCCUUUCUGUAAUUAUAGGUCGAAAUACUAUUUUGAAAAUUGUUUAAUUUUAUUUCUUAUACUUUCCGUCCUUCAA